CCUCCCUCCAUCGCACCAAGAUGACUUACUACUACCAGAACCAGUGUGAGGAUUCCUGCUACUCCCCGUGCAGCUACGGCACUGUGUACAGCUACCGCACCUAUGACUGUGGGAGCCCCUGUGGCUACCGUGGCUACGGGGGCCUGUACGGGUAUCGCGACUGCUACCCCAGCUACAGCUCCUGCUACUACCCCUGCUCCACUCGCUACAUCCGGAGGUACAGUUAUGGGAGCUGCUACCCCUGCUACCCCUGCUAAACCCAGAAGGAUCUGAUGGGAAAUGAGGACUGAGACUUAAUAUCUGGAUUCACGGACUCUGUUACAGGGAUGGCUUGUGGGAGCUCUGAGUCCAGAACAGCAACUGAAAGCAGUAGUGUUUUGGAGAGCUCAGUGCUCCUGUAAAAAUUCUUCAGUGUUCUUACAAAAUGUUGUUUUGUCUUCUUCCUUUCCUACUGACUUCUUUACUCCUUGGGUUCUGGUAGUAUAAUGAAACAGGGCAUAAUGGGAGUGUAAACAACAUCUUAACUUAUUUAUAAUUCUUUCCAAGCUAACAUUAAUGAAAGAUGUAGUGCCCUGGUCCUCCUACGGACAUGUUUUUCAGUUCCCUGCUUUUGAAACUAUACCAAAAAGAAACUGAAUCAUUUGAUUAAUUGAACUAAAAAAAAAAAAAAAAAAGGAAUUGUUUGAAAAUGGAAAUUGAUAGUAAAAUGCUGCCGUAGCAGCUCAAAUGGCACCAACAAAAAUAGGUGAUUUUCUGCAUAAAUUCAUCUCUGUAUGUAUUCUUCCUGCUUCU